ACACGUAAAUUUGCAAAAGGUCGAGUUCAAGUUGCAUUAUCUUAUCGUAUUUGAAGGUUCCAGUGCAGUUAUUACCUGGCCAUUCUUUCUGUUGGACCUUCUCGAACAAUACACAAUGUGGACCUCAUUAAUGGUUUUGCCUCUUGUCUUUACCCAGAUUUAUGGCCAAGGAUUUCAGUUAUUCUUUGGAACCACAGCAUCUCCAUCUAAUUGUGCAGACAAAAUGGACAAUUGUUUAGCUUUUGGUAAAGACGCAUGUGGUGGAAAAUAUGAGGCGUUUGCUCGAGAGAAUUGUGCUAGAUAUUGUGGGUAUUGUCAAGGUGAACCAACUCCAGCCCCAGCAUGUGAAAACAAAAAAAGUGACUGCGAGAAAUACCCCAAAUCUACAUGUUCUGACCAGCGCUACAAAACGUGGGCCAAUGAGAACUGUUUCUACUACUGCCGACUUUGUACACCCGAGCAGUUAAGAAUAAAAGACAGCCAGCUCACUACUGUUCCUCCAGCGCGUUGUUUGGAUAAGAAAAAUGACUGUAAAAUGUAUGGUAAAACAUCUUGUACAGGAAAUUAUGCAUCAUGGGCAAAGGAAAACUGUAUGCUUUAUUGUGGAUUCUGUCAUGGUAACCCAACACCAGCGCCGCCAUGUAGAGAUUUAGCUAGUAAUUGUCAGCAAUACGAAAAAAGUACUUGUACUGAUUCGAAAUAUAGAGGUUGGGCAGAGACUAAUUGUAACAAACAUUGUGGUUUCUGUUCUGAUGGCAGUAGUAGCGGUAACCAACCACAACCAAAUCUAAAUCCAGUUCCAACACUAUUCGCCCCACAAGUUCCAGGUUCAGGUACCUUGGCGCCACCACUACCCGGCAGAUAAUUGCAAACUACAUUGUGAUGAACAAAAUCAUUAAACGCAAUAUUUUAUCCA